CAAGGAGAUAAAAUCCUGUGUAAAAAUUCCCUUACCCUUGUUAUGCAUUAAGUCAAAUUUUUAUUUAAUUGUUCCUUUUAAAUUCUAGAUAUAUUAUAUACUUUUUGUUUAUUGUGCAAUCAAAUUUAAUUAAUAUUUUAUUUCAACAAUGGCAAAUUCAAUGACCAGAAUCGUUUCAGCUUUACUCAACAGCAGCAAAGGCGCAGAGAAAUUACUUACUAGCCGUUUAAUCCAUUCAACCAGUCCAGUGUACAAUGCAGAUGUGAAAGAAAAUUAUAUAAAAUGUACUCUAAUUCCUGGAGAUGGUGUAGGUCCUGAAUUGUGUCAAGCUGUUAAAGAAGUUCUUGCAGCCAUGCAAACUCCGGUUGUAUUCGAGGAAAUGUUUUUAAGUGAAGUAAAUCCAACAAUGAGUGUCCCUCUCGAACAGGCUAUCGACUCUAUCCGCAAGAAUAAAAUUGCUCUGAAAGGGAUUUUAUCUACUCCUUUUAGUAGUACAUCUGGUGAAUUACAAUCGCUGAAUAUGAAGAUUCGUCGCCAAUUGGAUCUUUUUGCUAAUGUGGUUCAUGUAAAAAGUUUGGAUGGAAUCCCAACAAGACAUAAAAAUUUAGACUUUGUUACCAUUCGAGAGCAAACUGAAGGUGAAUACAGCUCAUUAGAGCACGAAAGUGUUCCCGGUGUCAUUGAAUGUAUGAAAAUUAUUACCGAAGAUAAAUCACGACGAAUUGCCAAAUUUGCUUUUGAUUAUGCGACAAAACAUGGCCGUAAAAAGGUCACUGCUGUACACAAAGCAAAUAUCAUGAAAUUAUCUGAUGGACUUUUCCUUAAAUGUUGUGAAGAAACAGCUCAAUUGUAUCCAUCAAUCAAAUUUGAUUCAAUGAUUAUUGACAAUACCUGUAUGCAGCUGGUUUCACACCCACAUAAAUUUGAUGUCCUCGUGAUGCCCAAUCUUUAUGGUAAUAUUAUUGAUAAUUUAGCUUCAGGUCUAGUUGGAGGUGCUGGAGUUGUUCCUGGAGCAAGUUACAGCUCUGAUUGUGUCAUCUAUGAACCUGGUGCAAGGCACACUUUUGGUCAAGCUGUCGGAAAAAACAUCGCUAACCCAACUGCAAUGAUAUUAUGUGCUACUAAAAUGCUGUGGCAUGUAAAUCUUCACAGUUACGCAAAAAGACUUACUAUUGCACUUGAAAAGGUUAUUAAUAGUGGUAAAUCCAAGACUCGAGAUAUGGGAGGUUAUGCUAGUACCACUGACUUCACAAGAGCCGUAAUCAGUAACAUACCUUUCUAGUCAAAUCAGUUUUAGGUCAAAAAGAGCAUUUAGUUUUUUUUUAUUAAAUUUGUUGAAAUCGUUCAACUACGAUUACUACUUUUAACCAUUAAAAUGGCAAUUUAAUGGUACCAAUUUUUUGUCGCCCUUUAAAGGGUUCAAAAAGCUGAGAGUUACCAAAGAAUUGAAAAUGAAACAGUCAAAUAAGAAGGUAAUCUUAUUCAAUGUUAAAUUUGCUUAGCUUUUUAUCCUAGUUUUUGAAUCUCCAUUUCUGCGCUUAAUUUUAAUUUUAAAAUUCGUUAUGGCAAACAAGUGUCACUUUUUAAUGACUGUCAUUAAAUUAAUGUAUCAAUACCUGGAAAAUUAAUUAAUCUCCCACCUUAUUCUGUGCUACAUUUAGUAAGCUCGAUAAGUGAGCUUGAUAAUGUAAUACCAAUGUGUAAUGUAACUAAAUAUUACAAUAUUUAGCAAAUCAAGUAACCAAAAGUAACUAACAAUUAUUUGUUUUGACUAUUGCGAUAACUAUUAAAUUAUAACAAUGCAAUAA